AUGGUGAGAACUUGUCCGAAUUGCGGAAGUGUCGAGAUCGACGAGGACGCGGCGAGGGGAGAUGCCACGUGCACCGCCUGCGGAACCGUCAUCGAAGAGUCCAUCGUCGUCACCGAGAAUCAGUUCCAAGAACGUGCGGGCGGCUCCGGACACACUUUAGUCGGUCAGUCAUGACAAACAACUGCGACUCGCCUUCUACGAACAUUUCCAGGUCAAUUCGUGUCAGCCGAACGAGCAGCAGCGAACAAUUUCAACGGAAUGGGAGCCCAGGAAUCGAGGGAAGUGACGUAUGCGAAGGGAAAGAAAGUGAUCGACGAGCUGGGCAGUCAGCUGCGAAUCAACCAGCACUGCAUGAACACCGCCUACAACUUUUUCAAAAUGUGCGUCUCCCGCAAUCUGACCCGCGGAAGGAACCGCGCCUCCGUCGUCGCCGUCUGCCUCUAUAUAACGUGUCGGCUCGAGAACACGGCGCAUCUUUUGUUGGAUUUCAGUGACGUCACCCAGGUAUUUAACUGAAAACCACUUGCUUUGCCGGUGGAAUCUCCCAGUUUCCAGAUAAACGUGUUCGAUUUGGGAAGGAAUCUGAACUUCAUUUCCCGCUCCCUCCGCAUUAACCUUCCUGCCACCGACCCGUGCCUUUAUAUCAUGCGAUUCGCGUGUGUUCUGGACUUUGGAGACAAACAGAAGGAAGUGGUGAAUCUGGCGACGCGGCUGGUGCAGAGAAUGAAGAGGGACUGGAUGUCGACGGGAAGAAGGCCGACUGGAAUCUGCGGAGCCGCCCUUCUCAUCGCUGCCCGAUCGCUCAACUUCAACCGAACGAUCAGCGACAUCGUUCGAGUGGUGCACAUCAGUGAGAGUGUCAUCAGGAAACGACUCGACGAGUUCAGUCAGACACCGUCCGGCAGUCUCACCAUCGACGAAUUCUCGACUGUCGACCUCGAGCACAGUGAAGACCCGCCCGCGUAUCGGGAGGCACGACGGAGAGCCCGAGAAGAUCAGCUGAAGAACGAAGCGGAGCAGGCGGAAUCGAUGAAAGACGAGCUGGGGGAGAUGGAAGCGUUCGUGGAAGCGGCACUCGACAAGAAGAGGAAGGAGAAGUUCUCAAAGAGUCCUUACGCGAAAUUAGUCAGUGAAGAUCUAGGUGAGUGGGUCCGGGGACAGUUGCUAACGCCCUCAGUUGUAAAAGAUUCAGGACUUGAGCAAGGAGCAGACGAAAUGGUGCGCGAGGAAAUUCUCAAGACUGUGUUCUCUGCUGUAGAAGAAGAUUCACCAUGGUUAGAACUUGAAGUUUCCUUCUGAAUUCAUCUUCUGUUUUCUUUUCAGCUCGUCAAAUUCUCUGCAGAAGUUCGAGCAGUUCCGCCCAUCUCUGGAAUCACUGGGGAUUAAACGGUCUGGCGAACCAUCGACGUCUUCUGUGACUGCUCCAAAACCAGUCAUUUCUGGUGACCUAGAUGAAGAAAUUUCGGACUCUGAAAUCGAUUCGUACAUUCUGACGGAAAGCGAGGUGGCAAUCAAGACGGACUACUGGAUGAAAGCGAACGGAGAAGUGAUGAAGGCGAUCGAAGAGAGAAGAAGAGAAAGAGAAGAGAACGGAGACGUCAAGAAGAAGAGAAAAGGAGUCAGAAAAACGGAUAAUGGCGGAGCAUGCUCCUCUGUGCUCAACGCAAUGGAGAAAGUGAUUCAAGAGAAGAAGCUGUCGAACAAAGUGAACUACGAAAUGCUCAAAGACCUGGAGACAAUGGCCAGUGGAUCGAAGAGAGUGUCCACCGAAUCGACUCCCGCGCCAGUUACUCCCGUCGUUUCGAGAAGUUCUUCGUCCAUCGUCACUCCGGAAACUCUUUCGAAGAGCGAGAAGAUCACGAGAGUGCGGAAUCUUCAGAAGUCGGGCGGCGGAUCGGGUCUCGAGUCUCUGCGAAGCGCAUUUGAUUUGAAAGAAGAAGCGGCCGACGAAACGACUCCGAUGAGGCCGGCCGUGAAGAGUGAGGAGCAGGACUCAUCUGCCAAUCCGAGCGCCGAUCCGGAAAUUUCUGUGGUAGGAGUGAGAGCUGCUCCAUCGGUCGGAAUCAGAUCCAGAUAUGCGAAGGUGAAGCCGAUUAUUGGAGCGAAGAAGCUUGCCAGUGUGAGUGAAUCAUUCAAAAGACCCAAAUUAUGAGUUCAUUUCCAGCUUACCGGAGUUAAAAAGAGCGAAGAGGCAGUUCCGUCGUCGAAUUCAUCCGAAACUGUCGAAUCCGCGCCUGUAGAUGCUCCAAAAGAAGCAACUUCGAGAGAUCCUAUUAAAACUGUUGAAUUAGUAAAAAAAUAUUUUUUCAAAGUCAAAAAUGAGCCAUUUUCAAAUUUAGAAACCAGAACCAGAAAUUGCCACUCCAUCGAACUCCGCUGACGCCGUGGAAGAUAAGAAGGUCGUAGUAGCGGUCAAAUCGAGAUACGCAAAGGCGAAACCGAAUCUGAAAAUGGGAAAACCGAAGGUAAUCGCCAUCUGGAUCUGUCAACUUGCUCAAAUUUAUUUUCAGGGCACUCCGUCGACUUCUGCUGCUUCGGCCGAAUCAGAAUCUUCGGAACCGGAUGCAAAGCGGCAAAAAACCUGA